AGCAGAUUGGAGUAUGAAUGAUCAAUAGUUUCCGAAGCCUCGAUGGAUUCCCGACAACGCCUAGAGGAUGCAUACAAAAGAAAAUUGCAGAGGAUAAAAGUGAGGAGUGUUGUGACAGAUACUUUCAAACUGGGCAAGAGCAGCACCACUAGAUAUUGCAAAUUCCCACCAUUGAAAUUUGUUCUCCUUUUUAUUUUACUAGCCACUUUUCUCACCAUUCUUUCGUCUCCGAAUGUUUGCAAUCAAAACCGUACAUCGCGCAGCGUUUCUCGGCAACAUUUUGUGAACAGGUGGAUAUGGGGAAGUGCCUCGGACCCUCGUUACAUAUCGAAUCUAGAAAUAAAAUCGGAAGAAAUACUAACCGUAUUAAAAAAAAUCCCAUCGGAAAAUAAAAUCAAAGGAAUCGGCCUACUUAAUUUCAACGAGCGCGAAAUCGAGCAAUGGAAGAAGUUGACUCCGGCAGCCAAUCACCACUUGGUCCUCCAAAUGGACUACGCCGACAAAAACGUGACAUGGGAGUCCUUAUACCCCGAGUGGAUCGACGAGGAACAAGAGGAGGAAUUACCGAAAUGCCCUUCACUGCCAGGUGUCGAUUUCCCGAGGAAACGGGUGGAUCUCGUUGCGGUCAAACUUCCUUGUCGGAACGAAGGGAAUUGGUCGAGGGAUGUGGCUAGGCUACAUUUACAGAUGUCGGCUGCUGGCGUAGCUGCAUCCUUCAAGGGGAAUUAUCCAGUGCAUCUCGUUUUCGUGACGAGGUGCUUCCCUAUACCGAAUCUUUUUACGUGCAAGGAUCUCGUAGCGCGUGAAGGAAAUGUGUGGUUGUAUCGACCGGAUUUGAAUGCGUUGAGGCAAAAGAUUCAAUUGCCGAUUGGAUCUUGUGAGCUUUCACUUCCAUUGGGAUCAUCCAUAGAACGGGACGACGAUUCGGGAAAAACGCAACGGGAGGCGUACGCAACAAUCCUACACUCGGCCAACGACUACGUCUGCGGGGCCAUAGCGGCCGCGCAGAGCAUCCGCAUGUCGGGGUCCACCCGCGACCUCGUGAUCCUCGUCGACGAAUCAAUCGGCGACCAUCACCGGAGCGGUCUACAAUCCUCCGGAUGGAAAGUGCGCACAAUAAAACGAAUCCGAAACCCGAAAGCCGAAAAGGACGCCUACAACGAGUGGAACUACAGCAAGUUCAGGCUAUGGCAGCUCACCGAUUACGACAAAAUCAUAUUCGUAGACGCCGAUCUACUCAUCCUACGGAACAUCGAUUUCUUAUUCAAAAUGCCCCAAAUUUCCGCCACGGGCAAUAACGGAACCCUAUUCAAUUCCGGCGUAAUGGUGAUCGAGCCGUCGAAUUGUACAUUCAAGCUUUUGAUGGAUCAUGUGGAUGAAAUUGAGUCCUAUAAUGGCGGAGAUCAGGGUUAUUUGAAUGAGAUUUUCACGUAUUGGCACCGGAUUCCGAAGCACAUGAAUUUUCUGAAGAAUUUCUGGAUCGGAGACGACGAAUUGGCGAGGGAGAAGAAGACGCGGUUGUUUGCGGCCGAGCCGCCGGUUUUGUACGUGCUGCAUUAUUUGGGGAACAAGCCGUGGAUGUGUUUUAGGGAUUACGAUUGCAAUUGGAAUGUGGACAUACUGCGGGAGUUCGCGAGUGACGUGGCGCAUGGUAAGUGGUGGAGGGUGCACGACUCGAUGCCGGAGGAGUUGAGGGAGUUCUGCCUGCUGGAGUCGAAGCAGAAGGCGCAGCUCGAGUGGGAUCGGCGGCGGGCGGCGGAGGGGAAUUACUCCGACGGGCACUGGAGAAUUGAGAUUAAGGAUGGCCGUUUGAAGAGGUGCGUUGAUCCGUAUUGCAAUUGGCGGAGUAUGUUGAGGCAUUGGGGGGAGACCAAUUGGACCGGGGCUGAUUUUCCGGUGCAUACGCCGCCGGCGUUGGGCGGCGGCGGCGGCGCCGGUAGUUUAUGAUUUUAAUAAUGGCUUUUGUGUAAGUAGUUUUGAAGAGUUUUUUUUGGUUCGAGUAUCAUUUAUGUAUGGAGCUUGCAUAUUUACAGUUAAACUCAAUAAAUUUCUAUUAAUGAUUUAAUUCA